AUGUUUAAUGAAACACGAAUUAUUCCGAAGGAUACUGUAGUUACACUUCAAAUAUUUCGGGAUUGGAUUAUCAGUCGUGGAGGUACUCCACUGCUUUUUGCAGGAACCUUACUCGGUUGGUAUCGAGAAUGUGAUUUUAUUUACCACACGCAUGACAUUGAUUUCACUCUUUUUAUUGAAGAAUAUUAUGCUAAUUUCGCAGCAGAUAUUAGAGAAAGUGGAUUUAUGCAACUCGCGCAUCGAUUUAAUCGCCCAGAAGACUUAUUAGAAUAUAAAGUUUAUAUAAACGAUAUCAUACCAAUGGAUAUCUUCUUCUUGUACCACAACGAAAGUCAUUCGUGGACUGGAGGUUUGAAUUUCAACGAGCAAUACAAGAUUUAUUAUCCCUUAAUAAACUUAACUUGCGCAACUGAUUUCCUUGGUUAUUUGAUGUAUGUGCCUUGCAAUUUCCUUGAUGUUAUAGUGAGCGAGCAUGGCAAGGAAUGGAUGCAACCAAUUCAUUCAUCUCGAUAUUACUGGAAUGUUAAUCCAAAGAAUAUAGAAUUGGUUAAAAUAAUUAGCGAGAAUAAAACAAAUGAAUACUUUGUCGAUUACACCGAUUUUGAUGAAUCGACUGCGACAAAUUAG